CUCUACCGAUCAGUUUCUAAAGACACGCCAAGCAGUGCAAAACGUUCUCGGUACGGAAUUAGUAAAGGAAAUUCAACAGAACCCAAACAAAAGUUCGGGACUUCGCUUUCUUUGUAUCGAAAACAAAAGUAAAAUUUGUAAUUAAUUUUUAAACAAUUAAGCAAAAACACAAAAAAUGCACAGCAAAUUGUUGGACGAGCUAAAUGAAAAUGGCUACAUUGUCAUCGACGAUUUCCUAACGCCCGAGGAAGUGGACGCUCUGUUCCAGGCAGGCAGAGCCCUGUGCCUGGAUGCUCCGCAGAACAACAGGAAGAUCUUCAGCACCAUCAAGCAGGAAGAUGCCCAGGGCAAGGAGCUGUACUUCAUGGAGUCGGGUGACAAAGUUCGUUACUUCUUCGAGAAGGGAGCGGUGGGCGAAGAAGGUCAACUGCUGGUGGAUCCUAUGAUUGCUCUGAACAAAGUGGGACACGCCCUGCACGUGGAGCAUCCCGCCUUCAAUGCCAUCACCUUCAGCAAUCGGGUUAGGGAGAUCUGCUGGCAGUUGAACUACAAUCGUCCUGCCGUCUGCCAAAGUAUGUACAUCUACAAGAAUCCCGGAGUGGGUGGCGAGGUAACGCCUCAUCAGGACUCCUGGUUCCUGCACACGGAUCCCAACUCGGCGGUGGGCUUUUGGAUUGCCCUCGAGGAUUGCACCCUGCAGAAUGGCUGUCUGCAGUUUAUCAAGGGAUCGCAUAAGAGCGGUGUCCACAGGCGCUAUCUUCGCAAUCCCGAUAAGGAUGCCACUGAGCUUAUGGUCUACGAUCGGGCAGCUCCCAUCUAUCCACAGUCCAGCUUCACGCCAAUGCAAGUCAGCAAGGGCACCUGCAUUCUCAUCCAUGGAAAUGUGGUCCAUAAAAGCGAACCGAAUCGCUCCCAGAAGAGCCGCCACGCCUACACCUUCCACGUCAUCGAGACUGAAAACAAUGUCAAGUAUUCGGAGGACAAUUGGCUGCAGGCGCCGAAGGACAAGCCAUUCCCCGUCCUCUUCGAGCGCAAGGCCUAAGGAUCUAGACGAGAUCGUGUUUCGGUAUUUUCGCUUAUAAGUCUAUAGAGAAUCUUUUUUAAGUUUCGUUUGUACACGCCAAGCUGUAUGAAGUAUAAUUGUAAAUGUAAUAAAUAAACUUCCUAAUGUA